AUGAGAGCUAUUCCUGAUAUGACAAGAGAACGAAUUUCUACCCUUCUUGAGGAGGGUGGUUUGGAUGUCUUACCAAGGCCAGGCCGGCCAAAAAUACUUACUCAAAGUCAUGAAAGAAAGAUAGCCAGGUUUUUUAAGUCAGGCCAAUGUUUGAAUGCUGUCCAAGCUCAAAAAAAAUUAGUUUCUGAAGAGG